CUUGCUUGGUAACCAAAGAAAGAACAAAAAACAUGGCGGACUCAGAAAGUGUUCCUGAACAGGUUUCCCAAGCUCCAACAACGGAGGAAAAUAACCAAAGUAAACCUGAGGCAAUGGAAACAUCCCCUCAUGCUGAAAUUGGAUUAACAGACAGUUUACAGAAAGUAAUUGAGAAAGAAAAGGAAGAAGUUGAUAAACCAACCAAACCUAAAGUUGAUUUGCAGUCAUUACCAACAAGGGCAUAUCUUGACCAGACUGUAGUACCAAUCCUACUGCAAGGACUUGCAACUUUAGCCAAAGAAAGACCUCCCAAUGCAAUUGAGUACUUGGCAACCUACCUUUUGAAGAACAAGGCUCAAUUUGAAGAGAGUUCAUAAUACUGGCUAUAAACACUAUGUACAUAUGAGCAAUAUAUACAGAAAAAACUUUUGCUAACUGAUAAGCAUUCUUUGUAAUAAAAAGCUUUAUAUCUAGGGGUUAAGGUCUGCAUGUGAUCUAGAUUUUAAGCUAUUUUCAGUGGUUUCAUUGUUUCAAAAGAGUAAUCAUUGUUGGAAGAAAAUAUUAAUUGAAGACACAAAACACCUAAAAAAUCCCAUCACUGGGAUAUAGUACAUUUGUACAUUGCCACAAAAGUGCAGAGGAAUUGCUGCUAUUCAAAAUAGUAGUUUUAAUGGCUCUACUCUUUUGAGUACAUCCCUCCCAUCUCAGAAAAAAUAGGGCUUUCUAAGAAAAUAGGCAAAAUAAGCAGCUCUUACUGCUUAGUUGUAUUAAUUUAUUGUCUAUUUUUACACCAUUUGUGUCUUUAUUUAGUUUAAAGCAAUUGAGCAACAUUGUACUUACAUUUGGCAGAAAUUGCUAUUUUCUUAACAAUAAAUAUUAUUUCAACAUGGA